GUUGCAUGUGAAUGUAUCAUCGCCGCUGCAUCUAAGAAGGACAAGGGCCAAGGGCUUUGGGUCGAAACUGGUGCAGAAAUCCUGAAGAAGCUGUUACACUCCAAAAACGAGGAAAUCCGUGUUCGAGCUUUGGUUGGCCUCUGCAAGCUGGGAAGCUCGGGUGGUUUGGAUGCAUCGAUUCGCCCAUUCGCCGACGGUUCGACGAAGAAACUUGCCGAAGCUUGUCGGAAGUUCUUGAUCAAGCCCGGCAAAGAUAAAGACAUUCGAAAGUUUGCCGCCGAAGGUUUGGCUUAUCUCACGCUGGAUGCUGAAGUGAAGGAGAAAUUGGUCGAAGAUCGUGCCGCCAUACAAGCGCUGAUUGAACUGGCCAAAACUGGAGAUCAGUCGGCGAUUUAUGGUGUCGUAACCACGCUGGUCAAUUUGGUCAACGCAUACGAAAAGCAGGAACUUCUUCCGGAAUUGGUACAACUUGCCAAGUUCGCAAAGCAUCACAUUCCGGAAGAACACGAGUUGGAUGACCCGGACUUUGUGAGUGGUCGUAUAAUAGUUCUCGCUAAUGAAGGAGUUACUUCCGGUUUGGUUGCCUUAUGCAAAACUGAAAGCGACAACAGUAAAGAAAUGAUUGCUCGUGUUUUCAACGCACUCUGCAGUGAGCAAGAAGUUCGCGGAAAGGUGGUUCAACAAGGCGGAGCUAAGGUACUGAUUCCUUUAUCUCUGAAGGGAACCGCCAACGGAAAGCGCCACGCUGCUCAAGCAUUGUCUCGCAUUGGCAUCACAAUCAAUCCUGAAACUGCUUUCCCAGGUCAGAGAAAUCUGGAAGUCAUAAGGCCUCUACUCAAUCAAUUGCAUCCAGACUGUUCCUCGUUGGAGAACUUUGAAGCAUUGAUGGCUCUUUGCAAUCUUGCGUCUAUGAACGAAUCCACCCGACAGCGCAUCAUCAAAGAACAAGGUAUCAGCAAAAUCGAAACUUACAUGACAGAGGAUCACAUGAUGUUGCAGCGGGCAGCUACUCAAGUCAUGUGUAAUAUGGUUCAGUCCCCUGACGUUGUCAAGAUGCAUGAAGGCGAGAAUGACCGAGUCAAGUUCUUGGUGUUGCUUACAAUGGAAGAAGACGAGGACACUGCAGUUGCCGCAUCGGGAGCACUGGCUUACCUUACAUCGGUUAGUGACAUCUGCUGCGAAAAAGCAUUCAGCCCUACCUGUUGGCAGGAAGCCUUCAACACGUUGGUUGCCAACCCGAGCCCGGAAGUGCAAUACCGUGGCACUGUCAUCAUUUACAAUAUCAUCACUAAUAAAACACUGGCAGAGAAAAUUUUCGAUACAGAUCUACUACGGAUGCUGUAUGGCGUGACGCAACUAAACGACGAAAAACGAGCCAAGGCCAUCGAAAUGGCACAAAAGUGCCUGAAGAUUGCCGAAGAGUAUCGCCUUAUUGAGGAGAACAAGGAUGCUGAUAUGGCCCCUGAUGUAUUCGAACAGCAAAAGCAGGAUGCGGACAAUUGA